AUGAACAAAUUAAAUUCAUCUGAAAUCAAAGUUGAAAGAUUGAAGAUCAAUUCAAUGGAAAAUCAGAACCAAAGUUCAGAAGAAGAGUUGAUGAUUGCAAAGAAGAAUUUUGAAGAAAUUGUGGCUGAAAAUGUACUUGUUGGAUCAAAAGAAACACAUUUGGCAGUCAGUAAAAUGAAGAACAAAUUGGAACAUUUGAGAAAACUGAGAAUUUUACAUCGAGAAUCGAGAGAAGAUUCUGAUCCAUCACAAUCAAUUAAGAAAUUGGUUGAUUAUCUUCUUGGUAUUGUUGUUGAUUAUCUUACUGUUGUUGAUGAUGUCAGUUAUUAUUUGGUAGAGAUAUUUGAAGUUGUGAUAUUGUUUGAAAUUGAUCAUCAUUUUAAAACCUUUGAAACAUAUUGUUUUGGUUGA